CGGGAGUUGACAGUGAUUUCCCCUGUUCCUCCGUACCAGGAGUAGUCGGCGACAGCGGGGUCGCUGCUGGGCUUCAGGAUGUCACUGAGGCUGUGGUAGUGGACGAACACCACGGAGACGCUGCCUGUUGAACAGAGCCAGCGCUGACGUGGACCGACUCAGGGCCUCAACAUAAGCAAUCACUGCCACGGAGGUGGACACAGCAGCACCGUCGUGGUCCAGCUUCAGUUUCUCCCUGACCUGACGAGGAGACCCUCCACAGUUGUUUUCACUGGUCCUGUCCUGAAGGGAAAUCCUCUGCUCUGACUCCGAGUCAGCGCGGAUCUGGAAUCCACACCUGGUUUUGGAGACGUCCGUGCUCUCCGACGGCUCGUGCAGACGGCAGCCUGCAGCCUGCAUGCUCUCCACUGCACUGACGCUGUUUACUGGAAGCCCGCUCCGCGCUGCCUCCACCAAGUGUCUCCACUCUGUGAGCGGGAUAUUAUCCAGAGGCGAGCCGCAGAAACUUGCCCCUUCCCGGUCACAGGAGCCAGGGGAGCAGCUACUUUGGCGGCGGCUAAAGUAGCGGACAGGAGCGGUGUUCUCCUCCGUGUUCAGCAGACACCUCCACGGGCCCCCACUCUUGAUUGUUGUACCUUUUAGUCACUUAUGUUUUUUUGUUUUUUCAUCCCCGACUUCAGCUUCUUUUUUACACCCCCUCUUGUCUUGUUUGCUGUUGCUGCUUCGGGAGUGAAACAUCACCCGGGAGCCGGCGGUGUUGAUGGGUUCAAGACUCUGUGAACACUCGCCGUGGAAGCAUGUGCCCGGUGCAGGGGAUGUAAUCUGCGGGGCCGAGUGAGCUGGGGACCCGUUUACAGAGCACCGGAGCACCGGAGCACCGGAGCAUGCCUGGUACCUGCAGAGGAGUUGCCAUCAUCACACCGUCCCUGUGCAAUUUGACAAUCUUUAACUCAGUCACAUUUACUCCAUAAACUCAGACUCUUUUUUAUUUUUAUUUUUAUUUUUACUCUUCUUUGGCUUUACUGCAUUUCAAGAAAGGUAAGAACAACUAUUUUAUUGUUUCUCUUUAAAAACGUCGAGUUCCAGUUGUGUUUGACUAAUUGGUUAAUGGUUUAACGCUGUGACUUUUUUUAUUUUUAUGUUUGUUCGCUUCACAAACUUUUCUUUUUUUUCCUACAAUCACGACAACAAUAAAACUAAAGCAGGAAAUUAGACCCUGGGGUUUUAAAGUCGGCCUCUCACAGCGACGCAAAUAAAACACAACCAAAUAAAUGAGUUGGUGUUGGUGAGACAGAUGAUUGGGUCAUUUACUAAGUCUGAAAAGUGGGCAGCACAGCUAAUUGAAAAAUGGUUAAUGAAAACACAACCAGAUGUGGGUUGAAAUGCUCGGCCGAGGAGUGGGAUUGGACAGAAACUACUGUGGGUUUUUAGACAAAGUGAAGUAGAAACCAUUCAACACUGAUGUCCAAAGGUGAGAGGAUGAACGAUGAGAAGCUCUGAGAGCCGCCGGCGUGGACUUUUUUAAUAAAAACCUCAGCACGACCCUGCCGCCGACCGUCAACAACCAGGCAUCAUGGCUCGCUCCUUGUGGAAUCUACACACCGUCUGCUGGUUCCUCCUCACACUAACUCACGUGCACUCCACAGAGGGGUUUAGUCGAGCCGCCCUGCCAUUUGGCUUAGUUCGGAGAGAGCUUUCUUGUGAGGGUUACCCCAUCGAUCUGCGGUGUCCAGGAAGUGAUGUCAUCAUGAUUGAAAGUGCCAACUAUGGUCGAACAGAUGACAAGAUCUGCGACGCAGACCCUUUCCAGAUGGAGAACAUCAACUGCUACCUACCAGAUGCCUACAAGAUCAUGUCACAAAGGUGCAACAACAGAACCCAGUGCAUUGUGAUCACUGGUUCAGAUGUGUUCCCUGACCCAUGUCCAGGAACCUACAAAUAUCUGGAGGUCCAGUAUGAGUGUGUGCCCUACAGUCCAUGCCCAGCCAGAAUAGGACCAAGAACACAGAAUGUAUCCUAUCACAGCUGCCCUGUUUUUCUUUGUCCUGGGACUCUGAAAUCUGUCGGUGAGCCUUCAUUUGUGUAUGAGGCGGAGCAACAAGCUGGUGCCUGGUGCAAAGACCCGCUGCAAGCUGGCGACAAAAUUUACUUCAUGCCUUGGACUCCUUAUAGGACAGACACUCUUAUCGAGUAUUCGUCUUUGGACGACUUCCAAAACGCACGACAAACCAUCACCUACAAACUGCCCCAUCGGGUGGAUGGGACCGGAUUUGUGGUCUACGAUGGGGCUGUGUUUUUCAACAAGGAGCGUACGCGAAACAUUGUGAAGUUUGACCUGCGGACUCGUAUAAAGAGCGGCGAGGCCAUCAUCAACAACGCCAACUACCACGACACCUCGCCCUACAAGUGGGGUGGUAAAACAGACAUUGAUCUGGCGGUGGACGAGAACGGGCUGUGGGUGAUCUAUGCCACAGAGCACAACAACGGCAUGAUGGUCAUCAGUCAGCUCAACCCGUACACGCUGCGUUUCGAGGCUACGUGGGACACGGCCUACGACAAGCGCUCGGCCUCCAACGCCUUCAUGGUCUGUGGAGUACUGUACGUGGUGCGCUCCACCUACGAAGACAACGAAAGCGAGGUCAGCAAGAGCCUCAUCGAUUACGUUUACAAUACCAAACAGAACCGUGGGGAAUACGUCGACAUCCACUUUCCAAACCAGUACCAGUACAUUGCAUCAGUGGAUUAUAAUCCCCGAGAUAACCAGCUCUAUGUGUGGAAUAAUUUUUACAUCCUGAGGUACAACCUGGAGUUCGGCCCACCUGAUCCGGCACACGCCCCCCCACUGUCAGAAGUCACCUCGUCCCCUCAGUCUCAGAGAACCACCAGCACCACCACCACAACAACCACAGCGCACCGGGGCGUGGCCAACACCACUGCCACAACAGGGCUCAGAGAGGGCAGCAGGGGAGCUCCUGGAGCGCCUCCCCUGACCCCACACACCACUUCCCCUCCACCUCUGGAGUCCUUCCCUUUACCUGAGCGUUACUGUGAAGCAGCAGAGAGGAGAGACAUCAUGUGGCCUCAGACCCAGCGGGGCAUGUUGGUGGAGAGACCUUGUCCUAAGGGAACACGAGGCACGGCCUCUUAUUUAUGUGUCCUUUCCACGGGGGCCUGGAACCCAAGAGGCCCAGAUCUCAGCAACUGCACCUCCCACUGGGUCAACCAAGUGGCCCAGAAGAUCCGCAGCGGUGAAAAUGCAGCCAACCUGGCCAACGAGUUAGCAAAGCACACCAAAGGCCCCAUCUACGCCGGUGAUGUCAGCUCCUCGGUGCGUCUGAUGGAGCAGCUGGUAGACAUUCUGGAUGCUCAGCUGCAGGAGCUCAGGCCGAGUGAGAAGGAUUCUGCAGGACGCAGUUUCAACAAGCUUCAAAAACGAGAAAGGACAUGCAGGGCGUACAUGAAGGCCAUCGUGGACACAGUGGAUAACCUCCUCCGACCCGAGGCCUUGAAGUCGUGGCGUGACAUGAACAGCACGGAGCAAACGCACGCAGCCACCAUGUUACUGGACACUCUGGAGGAGGGGGCCUUCGUCCUCGCCGACAAUCUCAUGGAACCUGCUUUUGUUAAAGUUCCUGCAGACAAUAUCAUUCUGGACGUGUACGUACUCAGCACAGAUGGCCAGGUUCAGGAUUUUAAAUUCCCACAAUCCAGCAAGAGUGGGAUCUCCAUCCAGCUCUCGGCCAACACUGUCAAGCUCAACAGUCGGAAUGGAGUGGCCAAGCUGGUCUUUGUCCUCUACAAAAACCUGGGCCAGUUCCUCAGUACGGAGAAUGCAACCAUCAAGAUGGAAAAUGAAGCUUACGGCCGGAACAUGUCUGUGGCGGUCAACUCUGACAUCAUCGCUGCCUCAAUCAACAAGGAGUCCAGCCGCGUGUUCAUUAACGACCCGGUGAUUUUCACCCUGGAGCACAUUGACAUGGAGCACUACUUCAACUCCAACUGCUCCUUCUGGAAUUACUCUGAGAGGAGCAUGAUGGGUUACUGGUCCACCCAAGGCUGCAAACUCCUGGAGUCCAAUAAAACUCACAGCACCUGCUCCUGCAGUCAUCUCACCAACUUCGCCAUCCUGAUGGCACACCGUGAAAUCUCAGUCAAUGACAGAGUCCACGAGCUGCUCCUCACCGUCAUCACCCGUGUUGGGAUCGUGGUGUCCCUCGUCUGCCUCACCAUCAGCAUCUUCACCUUCUGCUUCUUCCGGGGUCUUCAGAGCGACCGCAACACCAUCCACAAGAACCUGUGCAUCAACCUCUUCAUCGCCGAGUUAAUAUUCCUAAUUGGUAUCGAUAUGACAGAACCCAGGGUUGGAUGUGCGAUCAUCGCUGGAAUCCUGCAUUUCUUCUUCCUGGCCUCCUUCUCCUGGAUGUGUCUGGAGGGCGUCCAGCUGUACCUGAUGCUCGUGGAGGUCUUUGAGAGCGAAUACUCCAGGAAAAAGUACUACUACGUGUCCGGUUACCUGUUUCCAGCCAUCGUUGUUGCCGUGUCUGCGGCCAUCGACUACCAGAGCUACGGGACAAAGACAGCGUGCUGGCUAAGUGUGGAUAAUCAUUUCAUCUGGAGUUUUAUAGGACCUGUCACCUUUGUCAUCAUGCUCAAUCUCAUCUUCCUGGUCAUCACAAUGUACAAAAUGGUGAAGCACUCCACCACCCUGAAGCCAGACUCAAGCCGACUGGAGAAUAUAAAAUCCUGGGUCAUGGGUGCCUUUGCUCUGCUCUUUCUGCUGGGACUCACGUGGUCGUUCGGUCUCUUCUUCAUCAGUGAAGCCUCCGUCGUCAUGGCGUACCUCUUCACGAUAUUCAACACCUUUCAAGGAAUGUUCAUCUUCGUCUUUCACUGCCUCCUCCAGAAAAAGGUUCGUAAAGAGUACAGUAAGUGCUUCCGCCACACGUCCUGCUGCGGAGGCCUGCCGACCGAGAGCUCCCACAGCUCGGCCAAGACCUCCACCACACGGACCAGCGCCCGUUACUCAUCUGGUACACAGAGUCGAAUCAGGAGAAUGUGGAAUGACACCGUAAGAAAGCAAACUGAGUCCUCCUUUAUCUCAGGUGACAUCAACAGCACCUCCACCCUUAACCAAGGAAUGACUGGGAAUUAUCUACUAACAAACCCUCUGCUCCGACCACAAGGCACUAACAACCCUUAUAACACGCUGCUGGCUGAGACGGUGGUGUGUAACACGCCCACGGCUCCUGUCUUUAACUCUCCAGUGACCUACAGAGAGACAAGGCACUCACUGAACAAAGCGGUGAGGGACACAAGUGCAAUGGAUACACUACCGCUAAAUGGUAACUUUAACAAUAGCUACUCGCUCCGCAACGGGAACUUUGGUGACAGCGUGCAGGUAGUGGACUGCGGCCUCAGUCUGGACGACGCUGCCUUUGAGAAAAUGAUCAUCUCCGAGCUAGUACACAACAACCUGCGUGCCUGUAACAAAAGUAUCCAACAACAGCAGCAGCAGCAGCAGCAUCAUCUUCAUCACAGUUUACAUCACCCACCCAACCACCAGCACCAGCAGCCUCCACAGUACCACCAUCACCACCACGUGGAGCGGGCUCCGCCCAAGGUGACGGUGAUCGGAGGCGGCGAGGAUGGCGCCAUCGUGGCCGACGCUUCGUCUCUGGCGCGAAUGAGCAACACCGUCGGUCUGAAGGUGCACCAUCAGCAGGAGCUGGAGGCACCGCUCAUCCCCCAGCGAACUCACUCCCUUCUGUACACACCCCAGAAGAAAGUGAGGACUGACGGGGGAGUGGACAGCUUUGUCAGCCAGCUGACGCCCUCUAACCCCGAUGACAGUCUACAGUCGCCCAACAGAGACUCCUUGUACACCAGUAUGCCCGAUCUUAGGGACUCGCCGUGUGCGGAGAGCAGCCCUGACGUAGUGGAGGACGUGUCCUCCUCGAAGAGCGAGAGCGAGGACAUUUACUACAAGAGCAUGCCUAACCUCGGCUCCGGACACCAGCUCCAGGCCUACUACCAGAUAGGCCGAGGGGGCAGCGACGGCUACAUUCUACCUGUCACUAAAGAGGGCUGCAGCCCUGAGGGCGACGUACGGGAAGGACAGAUGCAGUUAGUGACGAGCCUUUAAAUGUAUUUAAAUCAUCCCGAGCCUCCUGCUGCAGCCCUCCUCCUCCUGAAGGACACGGAGGAGAGGGGAGAAAAGGAGGCGCAGGGAAAAGUUUGCUUUCAUGAUCGUAGAAAAGCUUAGAAGCCCAGUCACUCACGUCAGCCACAGUCACAGCCCCCCCCACCACCGCCCCCCCACCCUCACCUGCAUCGCCAUCUCCUUUUGCCCUCUUCCAAAACUUCCUUGGCGAUGAAACAGACUCGGUGCACACUGAUGGGAAUCAUUAAAGAGACUGUAUAUAAAAUGCAGAGUCAGACUUCACUUUUGAGAGACAAGCCAACUAUGUAUUUAAAUGUGCUGCUGCUGUGGAAACAUUUACCGUCAGAAAAAUUAAGAAAAAAAAAUCUAUAUAAAAGUACAAAAAAAACACACACACACACACACUAUCAGCAACCCCCCGGUCAACAGGCUGUAGAUACACUCUCUCAUCAACCUGUUUUUAAUUUAAAUGUACCAACGAGCCUGGGCCAGGACCUGGACAAUGACCACGAAAAGUAUUCCUGGUCGGACUGUUGUGUUGAAGGAAUACAGAGUCCUGGUUUUCCAGAGUCGUUCCCAUAGAGUCUGGAUUGUAUAACCACUAGCAAUCAAGCCCCUGGCCUUAUAUUUUCUCAACUGUACAUUGAACU